UUCAAAUUCAUAGAAUAACCGAAAUGUUGUAACAUAACGAAUAUUGUAUUUUAACACAUUUAUAUUUUUUCAGAUUGCCGAGGACUUCUUACCCGAAGGCUUCGUCCGUGGCGACAUAAUUCACAAGGAUGAGAGGCAUAUCAUGCUUGCUACUGACCGGCAAUUACAGCACCUAAGUAGGAGUGGUCAAUGGUUUAUGGACGGAACGUUUAAGAUUGUCAAACGUCCGUUCCAUCAACUGCUGACCAUUCAUGCUUUUGUGUGUGCCGGCAGUAACUUCAAGUUGAUGCCUCUUGUGUUUGUAAUUAUGUCAAGGCGUCGAACAUCGGACUACGUCAAAGUCUUGAAGAAGCUUUUAGAUCUACUCCCCAACGAUCCUCAAGUCAAGACGAUAAUACUGGACUUUGAACAGGCUGCGUGGAAAGCUAUUAGCAAGACCCUACCAGAAGCCUGCAUCCGUGGAUGCCUGUUCCACCUGACUCAGGCAGUCUGGCGGAAAUGUCAAGAAAUUGGAUUGCAGGUAGCCUACAUGGAGGAUGAUGCCAUCCACAAGUUUGUCCGAAAAAUCAUGGCACUCCCCUUUCUACCGGCCGCUGACAUCACGAGGAUGUUUUUGAAGAUAACCGAGCGUGUCCCGGCCACUGGCAAACUGCGUGACCUCAUCAACUAUUUUCAAGCCCAGUGGAUUGCUCAUCCCACCUUCUCUCCCCGAUCCUGGUCUGUGUUCAAUGUAGCUGUCAGGACAAACAACUUUGUGGAAGGUUGGCACAGACGCAUCAACAACAAGGUGGGUGAGCAGUCCCUGGGGAUCUACAGGUUGAUCCCAGAGCUGUUCCGAGAGGCCAGUCUGUUGCCUUUACAGUCGCGACUGAUUCAGGAGGGACGACUCAGGGCGUAUGUUCGGAAAUCUUCAACAUCUCGUCAAGAGGAGAUCUUCGACGUAUGGCGGAGAUACAAGGAUGGGGAUCUCUCCCUGAGACAAGUACUUUCACAAUGUUCUGUUGUGCAUGGACCGAUUUUGUGAAGAGGAUGAUGAUGAUGAUGAUGAAGAUAGACAUGUAUAUAUGAACAUAUUUACUGAGAAGAGGAAAUACAAUGUAAAUCACCAAUGAAAUACUAUAUUAACUUAUAUCUCUGAAAAGAGGAAAUGUUAAUACAUCACUAAUAAAAUCCCAUGUAAAUAAACACUAUAUAUUACUACAAAAAUCGUUGUUAUCGUUAUUAAAAAUAGAGGUGCCGUUUUCGCCCGACUCAUAGUAGCCGUUUUCGCCAAAUGCGGUGCCGUUUUCGCCAGAGAAAUCGGUGACGUUUUGCUGAGGUGCCGUUUUAGCCUGCACCCCUCAUGCUGAUGUAGUGUCUUUUCCCAGCAAGCCAUUUUCAACAUUUAUACUUCAUUUCCCAGAAAAUAACGAGAGUCACCAUGGAGAUGUGUUGCUCCAUCUGAAGUGUCUCAGCUGUUUGUAGACUCCUUGGGGGGAAUAUUCAAGACUGGCUAUUCUCUGGCAUUGACAUUUUAUAUUAACUGUUGGUCAUGAAGCAGUAGGAUCACCAGUGCAGUUUCUGAUUUGCAUGUACAAUGUAUCCUGUGUUCAACAAAGUGUUCAAUUCCAUUCAGGAUGGACAAUAAAACACUUCAAAAGUACAGAAGAUGGGGCUGUGAGUGGCAGUGGUGAGUGUUGUCUAGGACGGGCUAUCAGAGGAGUUAUGGGGGUGUCAAAUAUGGCCAGGUUAAUGUUAAAUUAACCGCAAAUGGCAAAUGGAGAGCUGUUCAUGUUCACGAGAUAGUCUACAUGAUAGCUACCAGCCAAUUCAGUUCAGGUGCAAUGUACCUGUGGAAACACCUGUGGGGUGGGGGGCACCUGUUACUGGAGACCCACCCCAUGAAGCUCACCCCAUGAAGGUCCUGCAUGGACAGUGGUGGGGUGCCAAGAUGCUUGGUGACCCUCAGACUGUGACAAGGCUUGUUUUUAUUUGAUGGCUAACAGAUGUCUGACUAACUGAGAAGUGGGAAUACAAACAAGAUUAUGAUAUUUGUCAUGACAUCAUUUGGGUGAGUUGGUGAAGUAGACAGAAAAUGAUGAUAAUUUGACUUAGGCUGCAGGAUGUGUCUAUGUUUGCAGGUCAUGUAAACAUGCAUUUAACUUUUGUCAGGAAGUUUCUUCUUUUUAUCUGGUGUUAUCAGUGACCAAAGAUUAUAUACAUUAUUCAUGACAAAAGCAAAGACCGGUAAAUGACGAUACAAGUGUACUUAUAUUAUGUUUUCGGUUUGUGGCUUCUGACUUUGGCCUGGAGAUGUUUAAUUGUGUUACUAUGGUUACAUGAAGUGGGAGAUCUGUAAACCAACAAACUAAAGUGUUGCCAAAUCUUCAUGUAAGUGUGUUACCUUCGUUAUGUUACAGUUUUUUAUGAUUUCACCCACAUUAGUGUAGAACCAAUAAAGUGUGUCUCAAACAUGAA